AUGGCGAAAGUUCUGGCAUUGUUGGCUUCGCCCCAAGACUGGCCCGCGAGCAUUCUGAUACUAGGAAUAACCACAUUCGUUAUUCUUCUAUUUCGAUUCGCCACGCGGCCAGCGUGGCCAUUGAAAGCGCCUAAAUCUUUACAAGGGUGGCCAGUGCUCGGGUCUCCUGGAUUCUUUGGUCAUAGGUUGUCGUUUUUGCAAAAGGGUUUCUCAAAGUCUUCUUCUGGUCAGUUCAGCUUCUUCUACGGACCGUACCCGAUUGUGGCGCUGUCAGGUAGUGCCGGGAGGAAAACCUUUUACACCUCUCGUGGCCUUGACAUGAAUGAAGGAUUUGCUGCCCUGUUCUCAGCAGCACCGACUGUUGACCACCUCUACGACGGAGAAGGCACUUUGGGGAACCACUUGGUCAGUCUAUUUAAGCGGUUCUUACAAAAAGGUCGCCUUGAAUCGAACUUACCUAUCAUGGUUAGGGACUGCAUGACAAGCUUCCAUGAUCUUGAUACAAGUGUACCAGUGGACCCUUUCGAUUCAGUGUACGCUCUCAUCUACCAGCUCACUGUUCGCCACCUAGGGAGUGUUGAUAUCGCGAACGACCCGAAACUGUUGCGAGAGACUCUAGGUAUUUUUGGCGCGUUGGAUGACAGCUCAGCUUUGGAAGUAAUGUUCCCUAGACUGCCAGUCCCGAGCAGACUUUCAAAGAUUUGGGCAGGUGCUAGAUUACACCGGAUAUUUUGCAAAAUCAUGCAAGACAGGCGACGGACUGGGCGUACAGAAGAGGAUCCUAUGCAGCUGAUGAUGGACGAUGGCGAAAAAGAUGUCAUUACUUCUGCUUUUAUUAUGGGCGGAAUAUUUGCUGGUCUCUUGAACACGGGGGUCAUAUCAGCCUGGAUCUUGCUGUUUCUCUCCCAGAACAGCCUGUGGUAUCGAAAAGUUCAAGACGAGGUGUCUGCCGCUAUAGCCAAGCACAGAUACUCAGAGACGGAGCCUGGGCCUGAUGUGUUAGGCCGCCUCAAGAUGGAAGACUGGGAAACCGACUUCCCGAUGAUCGACUACUGCCUUCGCGAAACCAUCAGACUGGUAAUGCCAGGGUCGGCAAUACGCAAGAACGUUGGAAAAGAUAUUGAAAUCUUGGGCUCAGGGGAGAUUAUUCCCAGGAAUACCUACGCAGUAUAUCCAAUUGCAGAUGUCCACCUUGAUCCGGAGGUGUACUCAGAGCCGCAUAAGUGGGAUCCAAGCAGAUAUUUCGCAGAUCGAGCGGAGGAUAAGAAAGUGAGCCACGCCUAUGUGGGAUGGGGAAGUGGCAUGCAUCCUUGUCUGGGAAUGAAGUUUGCCAAGAUCGAAGUGGCCAUGUGUAUAGCUUUGUUUGUGGCCUUCUUUGACUUCAAACUAGUGGACAAGGAUGGCAAUACGGAGAACGCUCAACUGCCCACUCUUAACCACGGGAAUUUCUCAGCGACUCGACAGGCAGGACAGGCAUUUUUGCAGUGUGAACGGCGUACAUUGUAA